CGCCCCGCGCCACCGCCUCGCAGGGCGGUGGGUGCCGGGGGAGGCUGCUCGGUGCCGCCGCCGCCCGGGAGGGAGGUUAUGUAAGGGGGGAGGGAGGCGGCGGGAGGAGGAGCAGGACGCCUCGCCGCCGCCGCCGCCGUGCAGCCGGGCAGCCGCAGCCAGCCGGGGCCGGUGCCGGUGCCGGUGCCGGUGCCGGUGCUAGGGCGGCCGCAUGUGCGAAGUGGGGACGCGGCCGCCGCUGGCCGCUGAGCGCGGGGAGCCGCCCGGGGGUGCCGCCGCCGCCGCCGAACGGUGCCGCGACAUGGGAGAACAGCCCAUCUUCACCACCAGAGCCCAUGUCUUCCAAAUUGACCCCAGCACGAAGAAGAACUGGGUUCCCGCAAGCAAGCAGGCUGUUACUGUUUCCUACUUCUAUGACAGCACGAGAAACAGCUAUCGGAUUAUCAGUGUGGAUGGAGCCAAGGUGAUCAUAAACAGCACAAUCACGCCUAACAUGACCUUCACUAAAACAUCGCAGAAGUUCGGCCAGUGGGCAGACAGCAGAGCAAAUACUGUGUUUGGUUUGGGCUUUCCCUCCGAGCAGCAGCUGACAAAGUUUGCAGAGAAAUUCCAAGAAGUAAAAGAAGCUGCCAAAUUAGCAAGAGACAGAUCUCAAGAGAAAAUUGAGACCUCAAGCAAUCAUUCCCAGGAAUCUGGACGUGAAACACCAUCUUCCACUCGAGCAUCUAGUGUGAACGGGACAGACGAUGAGAAGGCAUCACACGGAGGUCCUGCUGAGGCACAUCUCAAGUCUGAGAAUGAUAAAUUAAGAAUUGCUCUAGCCCAAAGUUCAACCAAUGUGAAGAAGUGGGAGACAGAGCUGCAGACACUGCGGGAGAGCAACGCCCGGCUGACCACAGCUCUGCAGGAGUCCGCAGCCAGCAUCGAGCACUGGAAGAAGCAGUUCUCAGCCUGCAAGGAGGAAAAUGACCAGCUCAGGAGCAAGAUUGAAGAACUGGAGGAACAGUGCAAUGAAAUAAAUAAAGAGAAGGAAAGAAAUGCACAGCUGAGUAGACGUCUCCAGGAACUGGAAACAGAACUUCAGGACAAAGAGCUGGAACUGGAAGAGCUCCGAAAGCAAGGUGAAAUUAUACCACAGCUAAUGUCAGAAUGUGAAUCUGUAUCUCAACAAUUACAGGCUGCUGAGAAAAAGAACAAAGAUCUUGAAGAGAAAGUCAGAACACUAAGGACAGAAGUCGAAGAAAGCAAACAUAGGCAGACCAACCUUAAAACUGAAUUAAAGAAUUUUUUAGAUGUACUAGAUGGGAAGAUAGAUGAAUUACAUGAUUUCCGACAAGGACUGUCUAAACUUGGGGUUGACAAUUAGAUGGCAAUAGAUUUUUUUUUGUAAUCUAGGGUCUGGAUGUUUGAUGUUUUGUUGAUCCCAAACGUGUGUUUUACAAAAUAUAACUAGAAUGUUCCACUUGUUUGCAUUGGUUUUGUACAUAGAGGCUGAAAAUUUGCUGUGGGGGUUUUGGGAUUAUUUUUUUCAUUUGUUUGUUUAUUUUCCAAACCAAUCAUGCUGCUCACUGAAUUUCGUUGAGAUUAGAAACUUCAUAUAUUGCUGCUCUGGCUUUGUGGGGUUGGGAACAGGUAGACGGUUCCGUCUCAGGAAUCUGGAACUAGAUCUACCUUAAAAUGAAUAUGCAGUUAGUUGUUGCAGGGAAAUUUAUAUCUUUCUUAAGGGCUGUUGCAACCAUAGAAACAGAAAACUAGUCUUUUUCUUGUCCGGACUGUCGGCACUCCUAGCAACAUCAACUUUUAUUCCUUGGUGGAGCAGAGAGAAGAUUAGCUGGAGCUCCUGCAGUGUGUAAAAUGUGCCUGUGAUGAGCUGCAGUCAAGUGAACUGCUUCACACAGAUAUCAGUAUCUUUAGGGACCAUGUCAAUCAGGCCUGAUUCACCAAAAAAGAGAUCCAGUGGAUAUCAGAUAACCUCCGAUACAGGUUGCAUGUGCUUGCCUGGACCCGUACAGCACAAUGUCAAUGACACAGAAAUGUAUUUCAGCUCUUCAAGUCAAGCAUCUUUCUUACCCAGUAGGCAAGGACAGCUUCUCUUGCUUGGCAAGGCCAUCUCUCUUUGGCCUUCAGUUUUGAACCCAUAUAGUUCCAUCUCUAUGUGCAUCUUUGAAAAAUGCCCACCUGAGUCUUGGGACCAGAUACGUAUUUUAGAAGGUGAUAUGUUGCUGGUUUCCACACAGGGUGCAUACACCUCUGUGCAACUUGAUCACUGUUGAUUAACUUCUGCAGUAGUGAAGGAGACAUUGCUCUGAAAAGCAAUAUAAGGUUUCUUGAAGGUGUUGCUCAGAAGCACGUUUCUGCCCAGGAGGCUGGCAGGGUCAUGACCACAUGAAAUCAAAAUCGUUUCUGAUGAUUUCUGACUUCUCACCUUGUGUGUCUUUGACAGUGGGGUGGGAACUGGUCACCAAGUUAGACUGUCCAAAAAAACCCCACCACAACCCAAACAGCAGAAAUGCUGUUGUAUGCUCAAGCUGGUUAUUCAGCAGCUCUAAGUAUGUGUUGAGGAAUGCAAGGUCAUACGCUGAGCUUCCAAUGAGAAGGAAGUUCACUUCAUCACAGAGAGGGAUGUAAAAAGAGACAGAGAGGAGAAUUCAGCCCAAAUUUUGCUCUUGCCCCUACGACUGCCUUCAGCUUCUUUCUCUUCUUUCUCCAUAAACUGGUUUGAAGUUUACAUGGGAUCUGAGCUAAUUCAGGAAAGAACUUUUGUUUAUGCAACAUUAUUAUUUGCUUAAUUCAGGUGAAAGCUUGGUUAAGCACUGUGUUAGUGCAUUCCAGCAGUGAUUGAUAUAAAAUGGUCAUGCUUUACUUAGGGACUUUUAUCUUUUCUCAGCACAUCUCAAUUAUAAAAGUGACCUUUAAAAGAAAGGUGAGUUAUUAUGAAACAUGCAUUGAAUAUCUUUUGUACAUGGAUAUAUAAUCCCCAUGCUGGAGGCAGGUUCUGUCUGCAAUUGUCCCUUCAAUUUUUAUCUGUUAACUGUUGCAUUACCUUCAAUCACUGUUUUUUAGACUGGACAACUUUGUGUAUUUUUGCCUUUAUUCCUUUUAAACAAUGAUGUGAAGCCAGGACCUUUCAGAACCAUUGUGACCACUUAAGUCUCUUUUAAAAAAACUGUUGUAGGCUGUUGAUAUUUAAAAAUAAAAAUACAAAUAAAAUUAAACCCAGGUACAUAGCAUGUAGGCCUGUGAAAAUUAGCCUUUGCCGAUACGGAAGAUUCAACAGUUGCAUAACGUGGGGUUAGAUCAGACUUCUCAACAUUGAAAAUGACAUCAGAAACUGUGUGUGGUUGUGUACAAGUAAUCUGCAUUUUUAGGUUUUUUUUAUUUGAUAGCAAGUCAGACAGACACCACCAUUUAACAGGAAGUUAAUGGUUCGGCUUCUCCUCUCCUUCCACGCUGCUUUAGAGUGAGUUCCUGAACUGCAGCUGGUCCCUACAUCAGUUGGGAAUCAUGGGAUAACACAACUAAGAGCUGCAAGCAAUACAAUUAGUCAGGGCCCUCCUCAUCACAGUGGUUUAUUGCUUUUGCGCUGAAGACCCUGCUCCAUCUUCUGGCUCCUUUUUCUUGUUGAGCAGUCUUAGGGCUUCCUUCUUAGUUUUAAUAUAAAAUAUGAUUUUUAACAUGAUCCUGGGUAGAUGGGGUUAAUCCAGAUCUUUUUUCCACUUUAGUUGGGUCUAUCUCAGAUCCAGUUCAUUAGGAAUGUAUUAAGCCACUCUUAAAAUGCAAGAAAAGUGUUUCUAUGGGACUGCAUCAAUUUAACAGAUGGAGCUUAAUGAUGGUGCAUUAAACCAGUGCAUAGCUCUGACAUGGGUGGUUAUUUCUGGGUGCUUCGUGCCCACCAGAGGAACAGUGGGGGUGUCCUUAGAGAAAUCUCUGCCCUGUCUCUUCUAGUUUUGUCCCAAAUGUAUGCUUUCCUUAUCUGCUAUUGCUGUGAAGCUGAGUUGUUAGGGAUGCCUGUAUACAGCUAUAUGCUGUGAGAAACUCCACCAUCCAAGGUCUUGCUAUAAUUACCUUCUUUCUCUCUUUUUCCUUCCCAACAGCAGUAAGUUGAGAGCUUCUAUGUAUAAUCACUUAAAAACCUCCCCCAAACUCCAUCUCUUUUAACCUUUCCCCCUCUUUCACUGUAUUUUUCCUCUUCUAAAGUGUGCUAGGAAGAGGCAGUGGGUGCUCUCAGGAGUGUUUGUUUGGACGCCAGCCUGGCCCCAUCCCUGCCACAGACAGGAGCCCCAUGUGCCUGCUGGGUGGGGACCAUCAGUCUCACUGCUUAUUCCUUGAUGCUCUGUGGUGGCUCAGCAAUAACCCCUGCGUGCCGAACUGUGACCCCCACACCGCUCCUCAGGGACUCAGCCCGAUGUUGAAAUGCCUCCUCCCUCCCAGCAGGAGCACCAAGGCAGCCAGCUUUCCCCCACCAAAAUGCCUGCACCAUCCUGUGGAUGCAUUUAUUCCUCCUUUUGUGCCCGUCUCCAUGGGCACCCCAAACCAGGAACUGCACUCAGCUGGCAGCCACCUGCCUAGAGGUGGCCCCAAACGCUGCUGGGGCCAAGAAAUGCUCAUCCUUGUCCAAGAGAGGGUCUGCAGAGCUUGGUUUUAUUUGUUAUUAAAAUACGGUGCUGUGCAAACCCUGGUUUCCCCAUGCCAUCAGCAAUGAAGUAGGUCAUCACUCCAUUUCCUUUGAGCCUGAGUGGAGGUGUCUUUAUACAAGGUUGUAUCUCACCUUGGGCAAUCAUGGGUUCUCUGUCUGGACACAGGUUUUUCCCUCCAAGUGGUUGAUGGCAGGGUCUAUCCUACCUCAGUUACAUGGUCUUUUGUUAAUAAGGGUCUUGUGCUUGGCACUUCCCGUGCCGAUACCUGCCGGCCGCACCGCUGCAGAUCCCACCUCGCUGCCCAUCCUACCUGCCCAGCCCUGGUGGCAGUGACAAGCUGGUAGCUCUAGCAAGAAAAAUCUCUGCUGGCCUCUUGUGACACUGAGUUAGAGGGUGUCUUACUGCCUUCCGGACUUUCCAGUGUGAUGCUCCUUUGAGCUGGUGUUAGAGCUGCUGAAUAAUGGUGGGAUGGUGGUUUUUUGGUGGCCAAAAAGAGAAACAAACAGGUCUACUUUGCAUUAGCACAAAACCUAAAAAUAUUCGAUGACAUAAAAAUACAUGGAGGUAAUUGUUUUCAAGGGAAAGAAUGUUCUGUUAGAUAUGUUAUUUCACAUUUUGGAAAAUGACCUUAGCCUCAUUUUUGAAUAAAUUAUUUCCAAAUGAAAAACUGAAAUGUUUUUUCACACCCCAAAAUAAAGAGGUUAACCUUCUGCUCUUUUUCUAUUUGGCUGGAUCUUUAUUUGCUGAUUUUGACUCAACUUCACAAAUAGUUUUUUGUUUGGUCUAAAAGUGCAUUUUCAGCAAAGUUAGUACUUUUCAGUGUUCUUCUGUCUACAUCUAAUUGGUGUCUCCUUUACUGAGUGAGCUCACUGGAAGGAAACUGUCUUUUCUGUAAGAAAUCCAGUGCCACCUCUCACUUUCUAUAUUCUAGCACUUGAAAGAUGCCCUUUUAAAAAUAGAUUUACACUGGGUGCAUCGGUGCCCAGAAAACAAAUGUUAUUUAGACAUGCUUUUCUUCUAGAGAAACAACUGAAUUUAUUUUAAUGUGAACGAUUUAGGGUGAAUGUUUUUUAAAGCUGCUCAAAGAAUUAAGGAGGGUGUGAGGGGUUUCUGCUGUUCCCGCUGCUUUCCCUGCCACUGCCAUCGCUUUAGAGGAGCAUCAGCAAAAGGGUUUGUGGUGUUAAGGCAGGUGCUCACCCUGUGUUCAUCCUGUAGCUUGUUGGGCUCAGGGAGCCCAUGUCUCCCUCUCAGCAGGGCACACAUUGUCUGUAGGUUUCUGCACUCUACACUGUGUAAUUGUAUUUUAUUUUGCAAGUGUUCACUUUCUCCCUUAUUAGUUUCUUUGGCUGCUUCAUGAAUGACAGGAGGAAAGCUCCCUGUUACUGCCACCUCGUACUGGUGGGAGUUUCUCAGCUACAAGACUGCUCUUAGGCUUUUCCAAAUGCUUAUCUCUGCAAAACCCUUCAAAGCAUCAAUGGCUUGUAAGGAAUAUAGUGCUGUCUUCCUGAGCCUACGGAUUAACAAAGAUAAAACUGCUAUCAGGGUGAAAUGCCCAGCUCUGCUCAGUGUGUGACUGAUGCUCAAUCUGAAGGGAAGGGGUGUGAGGACGGAUCGUCAGCAGCAGCAGCUAAUUUUGACAAUCGUUUCAGCAGAAGCUUCAGUGAAAGAUGUUCUCUGCCCACAAGCUGUGGAUGUGCCAAAGGUCUAGGAUGGCCACACUGACCUGUCAGCUCGCCCGCCUUUGUCUGGGCAGUUCUGGGCUUGUCAAGCCUGUCUAUCAAAAAGUCCUCAGCAUAUCACAGAUGUGGCAGUGUGAGGGAUGGAAGGUGAAUGCCCACACACAGAGCUGAGCAGCAUGAGAGCAUUGCAGCAAUGCCCUGGUUUAUGGUCAGCCACUUCCAGUCAAAAAUAGGAAAAGCUAUUGCCAUCCUGUGCGGGCUCAGCGGCACCAGAGACCUUGCAGAAGGGCACAUUCUCUUUCUAGAGGUCUGUGAGGCAGCGAGGACUCCCAGGCUGGGCUGGCAUGUCUGGUUGUGGGCACCAUUUAGCAACAGUAAGACAGAGAGCUAACCUAAGGUAUUUUUUCUUUCCAUGAAUCGUGUUCAACAAGCACCUGUGUGUCAAGCAAAGCAAUACGUAUCCACAAGACAUUUAAUCCAGACACACCUCCAGACGGGGAGCCCCGGCUGGGUGGCACAGCCCGGCUGGGGAUGCCAUGCAUGGAGUCCUGCACCCCAGGCACACAGCAGUACUUUAGGCUCAGUAUUGGAAUAUAAACUUGGCAGUUAAAUGAAGUUUGCAUGUCUUAAAUGCCGUUCUCUGUGGUAAACGAUAAGGUACCAGAAGGGAAAUACAGAGUCAAGAGGUGAAUGAUAAAUGUGAUGAAGGUGCUUCCCAAACGAGGGCUCUCCUACAGGCUGCGGGCAGAGCGGGUCCUGGCCGGGAGGGCUUUGCUUGCAUCCCUGUGGGAUGUUGGAUGUCUAACCUGAUGUCUAACCUGUUUGAAUUUCUACUGUGUUUUGUCUUAGCUUUUCUUCUUUUUUUCCUUUUUUAUUUUUGGUUUUGUUUUGGAUUUUUUUUAAUAGAUAGCCUAAAGAUAGUCUUCAGGUGAAGGUGCCUAUACCUCCAGAAAUUUUAUAUGCACGUUUUGAAAUAGAUUUCUUUUUCCUUUGUGGUCAUUUACUUACCUAGUAAUAAUGGUACAUACAAGAAAGGCACUUGAGAAAAAAACCUGUCUGCUGUUACAUUUUGGUUUGGGGUAUUUUUUUUGUAUUUUAACACUGGUCAGCAAUAAUUAUUUUAGCCAUAUACUAGCUAAAAAGACUGAUAUUGUAAGAUUUGAGAACUCAGCUUCUAAGUUUGCAGUAUGUUGAUAAACUUGGGUAUGUGACAAAGGAGCUAUGCUCAAUAAAAGAGUAUUUUGCAGCAUUUAGAUGUUUUCAUUUAAUUGCCUAAUAGUGAUCAUGAACGUAAUAUUCUAUAAAACUCAUCAUGAAUGACAAACAAAGCACUUCAUUUUUAACAUGAAUAUAUCCCUUGUAGUUGAAAGUUCUGAGAGUGUUUAGUGUGGUCUGCUAUACCCAAAUAUUUAGAUUAUUAUGGAAUUUUAGUACUAAACAUAAACAUACACCCUGUUUUUACUGUUUCAAGUAAAGUUUAGUGAAUGACUGACAAUUUGUUGAUACACAACUGUGGGAAAACACUGCAGUGCUUUAAAUGUAUAUUUUUAUUUGGGUUUAUUAUACUUCUUAGUAUAUGGUUCAAUAAAAACUGAAGUGUUUGCUACAGUUGGAUAAUCGUAAAAACAUCUCUUACCUCGUCAUUUUGUCUGCUGUGAAAAAGUAAUUUCUUCUUUAUUUUCUUUUUUUUUCAAAUUGACCAUAGACAGUCAAUGUUAACAUUUAGACUCCUAGUAGCAGUAAAUGCUGGGUUUUAUAUAUAUAAAAGGAAAAUUUGAUUUUUUCUUUAUGAACUUAUUAUAUAACUUUGUGAUUUUUAUCUGAUUUUAUUGUAACAUAAAGUUGUUUUAUGUAAAAAUAUAUAGUUUAAGUAAAA